AUGCAUCUCACCGGACCAUCGCUCAUCGCCGUCGCCACUGGCAUCGUAGGCUCUGCCUGGGCCUCUGGCGCGAUUGCCUCGGCUAGCUUCAUGGGCGUCGCCGCUGCCAUCGACGUACCCGAGACGACGGCGCGCUCGUGGCGGGAGCUGUUCCGCCGGGGCGCCAACCUGAUGCCCAAGGUUGCGGCCGGCGUGCUGCUGGCCUACGGCUACGCUGCCUACGACGCGCGGCGCGCGGGCGGCGUCUGGGCCGGGUACGCCGCCGCCGGUGGCUUCGUCGUCUCCAUCGUACCGUUUACCAUUGUCGUCAUGCGCUACACAAACAUCUGCCUGCACAAAAUCGCCGAGGGCCGUGACGAGGCAAAGACGUGGAAUCUGCACGAGCUACUCCAGCGCUGGAACCUGCUCAACCUCACGCGCAGCUGUCUGUGCCUCAUCUCAAGCGUGCUCGGCAUGGUGACCUUGGUGCAAAACUUGAACUAG